UCCGUGGGACUCGCAUCAUCAAAUCCUCAUCCACUCAUUGGCUACAACACUCACAGAAUCUGUCGUCGCUGCAGAAAAAGUUGUUGCACUUCCUUUUGUUGGAAAAAUUUCCUGCAAAUGGCGUAAAACUCCCAAUUUCAGCUGCUGAAAAUCAUUCAAAACCACACGCUUGCUCCGAUGGUCCACGGGUGAGGAACGUUUGGGAGGAAGCAAAACCCCUCAAAGAUGUUUGUUAAGCUUCAGCCUUUACCUCAAGUCCCUUUUUGAAGGACUUCUUGAGAAAUGACAGAGCAGGAGCUGAUACCGGAUUGCACCACCGACGUCUUGGUCAGUUUCCCCGAGUCGCUGCAUGUUUACACGGGACUGUUGACAGUUUCCACGGUCUGUGGUGGACUGUCGGGGAUAUUAGCUGCUGCUCUUCUGUAUGUCUUCUGCCUCAAGCCUAUACUGUUAACCAGACAAGGGUACAAUGCAAGGAGACUGUUUGAGCCUGAUGAUGGAGAAGUGGACAACAAUCAAAGUGACUGUGUCAGCAACAGCAAAAAGGAGGCUACGAGUGGCACCACCAAUGAUAGGAAGCAGCAGCCCAUGAACAGUGAUGUGGCUGCUUUUGCAUCCAGAGCAAAGGUGGUCUACCCCAUCAACCAAAAAUACAGACCUUUAGCAGAUGGAGCGUCCAACCCCUCACUACACGAGCACUCCAAGCUGCCGGCCAUGCCUAACGAAGAGUCCUCCUCCUCCUCACCUGGCGAGUCCAUGAGCCAGGAGCAGGACAAUGAUGACAGCAGCCAGUUUAUCUCUCCCUCAAUAGUCCCCAAGAGCCUGCAAAACCAGAGCUUCACCAGGGUCUCCCACUACCCCCACACUCUGACCCUAACUGGGUUUGAAGGCAGGAUCAGCCUGUAUUGUUUGGCCCUGCAGGACAUACAGCAGCACUGCUCCCAACUCCAGGAAGAAAAAUUUCUGGUCUAUCUCCAGAUGGUGAAAAUAAUAUUCAGCCAUCGUUUUCCAAAAGAUAAAAAUGAUGCUGACUUCUCCAAGGAUGUUCUUCUAACGCAGGAAAAGGAAUUGGAUGAAGUGAAGAAACAGUUGCCAACGGGCCAGACAGCCAGCGAGAAAAAUGAGGACCUCAGUGCAGAUACUUCCUGUACCCUGGAGGAGAUUGAGCGAGCUCAAAAAGAUCUGUUGGAACAUGGCCUCCAAAUCAUCAGAGGAUUCAGCAAGCAGGUGGAGGCCUUGUGCCAGCAUCUGCUGAGUAAGACCAGUGUUUUGCCUACAGACGAAGCCCAGGAUGUGAUUCUGUCUCUCAUCCAAACUCUCCUAAUGGUGGAGGAGCACUUGGCCAGUGCACAGGAAGCAGAACUAAAGAGGAUCCAGCAGAAGCUUCUGUGGUGGGAGGAGUUGAUGGGGCUUCUUCAAUCCCAGCCUGCCUUGCUAAGACAGGAAGUACAUCUGAGGCAGGGUCUGAUAGCCACAGCCCUGGAGCAGCUGACGAGUGAUGAUCUCUUGACCUUUAGUGCGAUGGAAAAGACACUUUCAGAGCUGCAGGUCAAUCUGACCGAAGGCCUUCAGCAGUAUACUGAAGAGUGCACGAGGAAGACAAAGGAGAUGGUGAAUGAGAAGUGCAGGAAAACAGAGUCCAAACGGAAGAAGCUUCAUAGGAGCCAGGCCAAGGAGAAGAGCCGCGUUCUGGAAAUGACACAGACCCUCAGCGACCCGCAACAGUUCACCAAGGUGUACCAUGAGCUCUUGGUGAAACACAGGCAGCAGAUCACUGACUUGGAGCAGCAGCAGGACAGUAGAGUGGCUGAAGUCCUUUGUGACCUCUGGAGGUAUUAUAUUAUAUAUUUUCAGAAACUUAACAACUGCUGGUCAAAGAGACUUGGCGUGCUAGCCAAGGAAGUCUUCUUCGCCUCUCUCCCUGCCCAGUCCGAGCUCUCUGUUGAGCGAUGUGAGAAGCUGUGGCUGGAUCUAGAGCAGGAGCUGUCUGCACAGCUGCUGGAGGCAGAGUCAACUACCAAAGUGCAACUGGAGGACAUGAGGGUUCAGCUGAAUAAAGACGGACAGGUGUGGUGUGAAGAGACAGCUCUGGUGCUGGCUUGCCUCACACACCUGGCUGAACAGCAGAUGAAGAUCCUUCGAUCCAUGGUGGUCAGGCAGAACUACACACUCAACAGCCAUGUGGGGUUGCUGAUAGAGAAGAAACAUGAGCACCUGUUGGUGGCAGUGCAGAGACACUUUGUGGUCAGGCACUUCUGUCUGCACAUGCUGAAGGAAAUGAGGCUGUCCAAGCUGAAAGUACUCUCCCAGACAGAUUUCAGAGCUCUGCUACUGGAGGAUUGCAGCAAAAGCCAGCCUACACUCGGCACAACUUCCAAGGCUCAGAGGAAGCUACAGGACAGUAAUGCAAGUUUGGCAGAGAGACACCUGGGCCCAGAAAGCCAACUGGUGAGCCACAGCUUUCAGCAGGAGUUCCUCUCUGAGCUGGAAACAGGGGCGGAGCUACUGCAGGGUCACGCCCAACUGCUGCUAGGCAACGUCCUCAGCCAUGCCAUCUGGCAGAUGAUGGACACCCCACCUGGCGAGUCACAGACCCGCCCUCAGCAAGACGAUGGGUUGAAGCGCCACUUGAUUGAAGUUGCCUCCGAGAGUGUGUAUGUGACCAAAGAUUCUCUCACUGCACUGGUCCAAAGCUACUACUCCCACAUACAGGACAUUACCAAAACACUACAGCAGGAGCAGUCAAACAUAAACCAGGGGGAGAGUGAGAGGCGAGAGAGCAGCAACCAGCUGAACAGAGCCUUGCUGAGGGAGCUGGCUAACUGGAGUAGGAAACCCACUUCCACUGAGUUUCAACAGAGGGUUGAACUCCACAAACAGAGGGUGUUGGAGCACUACGAUGUGGAACAGGAAGGGAUGUGUGAGACACUGAGGCGGAAAAAAGUAGCCCAGGAUCAAGCCAUGGACAUGGUCAAAGGACAACUACUGGAGGCAGAAGAAGCCUUCAUAACAAAGCUGGCGGCUUUGGCCCGAGUGUCUCUCCACAGUCCAGAUCCAGAGCACAGUGGUCAGGAGGAAAGCGCCGAUGACGAGAGUCCCAACAUAUUGAACCUUCUAGCCUUGAAUCCAGCAUUAGAUCCAGCCUUGAAUCCUUCACUCACUCCAAGUAUUAUAACUCCAGCAGCACAACCAGCGCAUAAGAAAAAAAGGGAACGCGAGUCUCAGCUUAGCUGAAAUAAUUAUACAAUGUGUAUAUGGAUGCAUAUAGUAAUGAUGGUGUCUUAUAUAAAAAAAAGGGAAAAAAGUUUUCUCUUUUGAUGUUGAUAGCUGACAUCAAUUAAAGUAAUACCACUACUUGGUUGGUAAGUUUAUUAUUGUCGUAAGUAAUUACUUUGGAUUUUACAAGAUUGUUCUGUGCCUUUGUCUUAGUAUAUGUAGUCAUAAAUCCUCUAGUCUCUAUUUUUAAACCAUGUGUUAUGUCUUAAUAUGAAAAUGUUUUUAAUAAAGAAAAAUGCAA